CUUGUGGGGUUGAAAGGAGAAUGUGUGCCUCUUCCUGGGCACAGGGUCUGCUUGCAUGGAACUGAUGGCGCAGUGGGAAAGAAAGACUCCGGGUAGAGGUGGAUCUCAGAGCUCGGAUUCGGAUUCAUCUGCCACACCAGGAAAUGCCGUGGACGUGAACAAUGAAGGCUCCUCCGAGGGCUUUAUUUGUCCUCUUUGUAUGAAGUCUCAUGGAUCAGCUGAGGAGCUAUUCAAGCACUAUGAAGCAGUUCAUAAUUCUGGCAUUGAUUCAACUCAUGGAGGGGAAGGUCAUCUGUCACCGGAAAGAGAUGAAGUAUCACUGCUCCGACAAGAAGUCCAAGAUUUGCAAGCUUCGCUGAAGGAGGAGAGAUGGUAUUCAGAAGAGCUGAAGAAGGAACUAGAGAAAUUGCAGGGGCAGCGGCAGCAAGAUUCUAAGUCUGAUGGAUUGACAACGACUACAUCUACAGAAUCAUUAGAACGGCAACUAGAAGAAAUCCAAGUAGAAAAUUUUAACAUUAAGCAAAUGAAAGACUUGUUUGAGCAAAAAGCUGCGCAACUGGCCACUGAAAUUGUGGAUCUUAAAUCAAAGUAUGAUGAAGAAAUCAGCCUUCGGGAAGGUGCAGAACAGAAAGUGACAAACCUGACACAAGAACUGCAGAAGGAGAGAAGUACAGUGGAAUACUUAAAGACAGAGCUGCUACAAAGGCCUGGUGUGGAAGAUGUGGCUGUCCUGAAAAAGGAGCUGGUUCAAGUUCAGACACUGAUGGACAAAAUGACACUGGAACGUGAGAGAGAAUCUGAGAAGCUGAAAGAUGAGUGCAAGCACUUGCAGGCGGAGCAGGCUAACUCAGAGACUCUUAAAUUUGAGGCUACCAUUAGCCAGUUAAGAGCUGAACUUGCCAAAGGACCUCAGGAGGUAGCUGUGUAUGUUCAGGAGCUGCAGAAACUUCAAAUUUCAGUUAAAGAGCUAGAACAGAAAAAACAGAGUCUGACUGAGAAGCUGCUGAAGAAAGAACAGGACUACACCCAGCUAGAAGAAAAACACAAUGAAGUAUCUGUGAGUAAGAAGAAUGUGCAGGCAAGCUACCAUCAGAAAGAACUGGACUGCCAGCAGCUUCAGGCAAAGUUGUCUGCAUCUGAAGCCUCGAUACAGAGAUUACAGACAGAGCUAGGUGAGAAGGGGGAAGCAAGCCAAAAACUUAAAGAAGAGCUGUCUGAAGUAGAGACGAAGUACCAGCAUCUCAAGGCGGAAUGUAAACAGCUCCAGCAGCAGAAGGAGGAAAAAGAGCAGCAUGGCCUGCAACUCCAAAGUGAGCUGAGUCAGUUGCACGGCAAACUUCUAGAAACAGAGCGGCAGCUAGGGGAAGCACAUGGGCGGCUCAAGGAGCAAAGGCAGCUGUCUAGUGAGAAGCUGAUGGACAAAGAGCAGCAGGUGGCUGAUCUGCAGUUAAAACUUUCUCGUGCUGAAGAGCAGCUAAAGGAAAAAGCAGCAAAUUCCACAGAAUUGCAACAUCAAUUAGAUAAGGCAAAACAGCAGCACCAGGAACAGCAGACACUUCAGCAAAAUACUACAGCAAAACUACGAGAAGCCCAGAAUGAUUUGGAGCAAGUACUACGACAAAUUGGAGAUAAGGACCAAAAAAUUCAAAAUCUUGAGGCUUUGCUUCAAAAAAGCAAGGAAAACAUUUCUCUGCUAGAAAAGGAAAGAGAGGAUUUAUAUGCAAAAAUUCAAGCUGGGGAAGGAGAAACUGCAGUACUUAACCAGCUACAAGAGAAAAACCAUGCACUGCAAAUACAGGUAACUCAGCUGACAGAGAAGCUGAAGAAUCAAUCAGAAAGUCAUAAACAAGCCCAAGAGAAUUUGCAUGAGCAAGUGCAGGAGCAAAAGGCACAUCUAAGAGCUGCUCAAGACCGUGUUCUUUCUCUGGAAGCAAACGUCACUGAACUAACCAGCCAGCUAAAUGAAAGCAAAGAAAAAGUAUCGCAACUUGAUGUACAGGUGAAAGCAAAGACUGAAUUACUACUUUCAGCAGAAGCAUCGAAAGCUGCUCAAAGAGCAGAUCUUCAGAAUCAUCUGGACACUGCCCAGCAUGCACUGCAAGAUAAGCAACAGGAGUUAAAUAAGGUCAGCAUUCAGUUGGAUCAGGUUACAGCUAAGCUGAAUGACAAGCAGGAAUACUGUGCUCAGUUGGAAGUCAGUCUUAAAGAGUACAAAGAGAAGCAUCUGUAUUUAGAACAGAAAACUGAAGAGCUAGAGGGACAGCUUAAGAAACUUGAAGCUGACAUUCUUGAUGCUAAAGCAAGCAAAGAACAAGCUCUUCAGGAGUUACAGCAGCAGCGACAACUAUCUACAGAAUUAGACCUCCGAACAGCAGAACUGAGUAAACAACUUGAAGCAGCAAGAGAAGCGAUGUCUAACGCAAAAUUGGAUUUGCAGAAGAAAUUUGAGGCCCUUGAACAAGCGAAACAGCAAAUUUCAAAGCAGGAGGAGGAAAAGGCCAGCCUCAAACAAAUCCUUGAGAAAUCAAAUCAAGAUGCAAGUAAACAACUCAAGGAAUUAGAUUGUAAAAUGCAAGUGGCAACAUCAGAGCUGCAACAAGUGAAAUUAGAGAAGGAUACUCUAUUAAAGGAUCUUGCAGCUACCAAAGACAAGCUCUCAAAAAGUUCUGAAUCCUUCAAAAAAAGAAAGGAGGAAUUAGAAAAAGAAAUACAAAAAGGAAAAGCAGCUGUGGCAGAAAUGGAAAAAUCUUGCCAAGAAGUAAAACACCAGCUCCAGGUACAAACAGAGUCUGUAGCAAAAGAGAGGAAUGAAUUGAAAAACUCACUGGAAAAAAAGGAGGGGAUUUCUAAGCAGUUGUCGAUAGAACUUGAUUCAGCACGAGCACAAGUACUGGAAAUUCAGGGUCUUCUGAAGGAGAAAGAAAAAAGCGAGCAACAUCUCCUGGGAAAGCUGAGAGAGUUAAAGGAAUCUUUUGAACAGAAGAAAAAACAUAGUGAGACAUUACAAGCUGAAUUAAAAACUGCCCUUUUGGAAAAGGCAGAACUGGAGAAUAAACUGCAACAGCAGUCUAUUUUGUCAGCACAGGAGCUUAAAGCAGAGAAAGUCAAGCUAGCAGACUUACAGAAGACCCAUGAAAAACAUAAGGAAAACGUGGAGAAGUUGCAGCUGGACCUUUAUGGGAAAGAGUCUGAGCUGCUGGCAACCAGGCAAGACCUUAAGUCCACAGAAGAAAAGCUUGCUCUAGCUCAAGAAGAAUUAAUUUCCAGCAGAAAUCGAAUUGCUAGCAAUAAUCAGCAGAUUCAGGAACUGAAAAAAGCAAAGUCUACACUGGAGCAGGAUGCAUCAAAGAAGGAGCAGCAGCUGGGCGAGAAGACUAAAAUGUUACAGGAUCUUCAGAAUGACAGGAUUUUGAAAGAAAAAGACUUGGCUAAUGAAAAAUGUAAAACAACAGAGCUCCAGGAAAUAAGGACUAGACUUGAAAAAGAAAGUGCCAAGCUGGGUGAAGAGCUUAGAGCCUGCAAGCAAGAAUUUGAGAAGGAGGUGGCAAAUCUCAAGGAUGCAAAACAGCUAUUGAUUCAACAGAAAUUAGAGCUGCAGGGCAAAAUAGAUAAUCUGAAUUCAGCUCUGGAACAUGAGAAGAACACCCAUCAAGCUGUCAGAGAUCAACUGAAAAAGAGAGAAGAAGAACUGAGGAAAGAAUGUGCUGAAAUUGAAGCUAAACUGCACACAGAGAAAAAAGAGAAAGAAGAAGAAUACCGGAAACAUGAGGAAAAGGAGACCAAGCUUACCAUGCAGGUCACAGCUCUGAAUGAAAACCUGGCUACCAUGAAGAAAGAGUGGCAAAGUAGUCAGAGGCGAGUGAGCGAGCUGGAGAAACAGACAGAUGAUUUAAGAGGGGACAUUGCUGUCUUGGAAGCAACAGUGCAGAAUAAUCAGGAUGAGAGAAGAGCGUUGCUGGAGAGGUGUAUAAAAAGUGAGGGAGAAAUUGAAAAGCUUCAAGCCAAACUUGUAGAAAUGAAGAAAAAGCUGGACAACACUACUGCUGCAAUGCAGGAACUUGGCCGAGAAAACCAGUCAUUACAGAUCAAACACACCCAAGCUCUCAACAGGAAGUGGGCAGAAGACAAUGAGGUACAGAAUUGUAUGGCCUGUGGAAAAGGCUUUUCGGUGACAGUGAGAAGGCAUCACUGUAGACAGUGUGGAAAUAUCUUUUGUGCCGAGUGCUCAGCAAAGAAUGCCUUAACUCCUUCUUCUAAGAAGCCUGUCCGAGUCUGUGAUACUUGCUUUAAUGACUUGCAAGGAUAACUGGCUAUCGUGAGUGACAAAGAAAUGUUACACUAAAAUUUAUAAUUUCUGUUGUUGCACUUCAUUCAGCACUCAGACUACUAUUCAGUUUGGACAAUGAUUGUAACACUUGGUAAAAUUUAGUAUAUUUUAAAUUGUUUAUUGAUACCAAGUAAAACUAUUGUAUUUUUUGUGAGACAUGAGCUCAGAUCAUCCUUAGCUUACUGCCAUUUAUCCUGGAAGGAGCUUCUAUGUCUAGAUUAGAAAUACCCAGUUAUUUGUAAAUAAAGUUUAAACAGAGGAGUAACAAUGUAUUUUUUUAUCUUUAAUUUUUUUGUUCAAGAGAAACAGCGUUUGUGAUAUUGCAGUUUAUUCUUGUUUCCUUCAAAGAAAAAGGAAGACACAAAAACUUGUGAGGAUUUUAUGUAUCAAAUGUUGCUCUAAAAGCAUAACUAAGUGUUGCAUUUGAUUGCAUAUCCGAUGUUCUUUAUAACCCCUUGUGAUUUUGUUCUCUUUCUAUCUCUCUGGUUCUUGGACUUCUCUCUCUAUAAGGUUUGAACUCCACAGUGAGGGUAAUGGCUGGACUCAACUCCAAUUUGGUUUUAUUUGCCCACUUAGAACUUGUAGUAUCAGCAUCUGAGUCCUUAUCCAAAUACAGCGCUUGGAUACUGGAACAUCCAUACACAUACUGUAUUGCGUAGUUUGUGUGUGUGUGUGUGUGUGUGUGUGAGAGAGUAUGUGUGAACAAAUGAUGAAACAAAGUUUAGCUGACAUUGUAGGUAUAUUACACGAUACAGUACAAUAUUCCAUCCUGUAUUGAUUGAUUUCACUUUGACAUAUUUGGUAGAUGAAUUUUAAUAUUCCAAAACCCCUUAUGUGUGGGUUUUUAAAAGCAAACACACAAUACUGGUAGUAGCCUGUAGUGCAUCUCUCCCCCUGCCCUUACCCUGGAAGCCCUGAAGGUCCUUGUGCUUCUAAAACGUCUAGACCUUCCGUGCUAGGUAUCCUACUAAGAAAAAGUCUUUCUGAGACUGCUGCAGUUUAUCUGACCUUUUCUUGUGUCUCUUCCCUCAGCUUUUGAUGGAAGAAUCUGAAUUCCUGAUACACCUAAUAAGCUUAUUUUCCAUUGCUCUAUCUGCCUGCCAGUACCAGUGGGGUCUUAGAUGUUAUAUGAUUUAAUCCGCUCAGAACAGUGGUGUGACUCUCCUGCUACUAGGUUAGUUAUAAGCCAGACAGCUCUAAAUAAGAAGCCAAUAUAUACAUCUUUAGAUAUUUAUUCAUAUUUGCUGUUCUAGCAACAGAGCUUUCUUGUAGAGUUCAUAUAGGCUCCAGGCUUCUUUUUUGAUGUGAUUUUUAUUUACACCUGUUCAUUUUUGCCUGCCCGUCUCUAACUUUUCUUCCCUUUGUAUCUGGUAUUUCAAAACAGCUAGGGUUAUUUCUUCUGAGUAGGGGCUAUUCCUUCUGAUAUUUAGGGACCCUUUGUCUUAAAUACCCUCAAGUUCCCCACACCCCAGGGCCUUCUGUGUCUUCCAUAGUUGUGCCAGCUGUUCAGAGAAAAGGACUGUGUCCUCAAUUCCUCUACUACUUGCUUGAGGUAAGGAAAAUCCUGUUACAAUGAUGGAAGCUUAGAUAUCAUAAGGCAGGUUCGUUUGCUUUUAUCCAUUGACAGCUCUGUAUGUGAAUGAAGAAGAUUUUAUUUUAUGAAAAAUGUCUAGUCCUAAUUAACUCUCAGGUGAAAAAACUUCUUAAUCCCUCCUCUCCAGAAGUAGUGAUCUAUCUGUUUCAUAUCCCUUCUUAGCUUACCUGUCUAAUUCUACAUUUGCAGCCUCAAGGAGUCUUCUGCUAGGAGUUUUCUUAAAAUUAAAUUCUUAUUUCCCAAAAGCCAGUCAAAUUAUGUAACUGGUUCUCCUCAGUGUAAAAGGGUUUGGGAUACAACCAUAGUUUAUGUGAAAUAUUACCUGCUUUUCUGGUCUGAACUUGAGAGUUGCUUGCUCGAAAGAAACAAUUGCUGCAACGAUUCCAUAUGAACAGAGCCUCUGCACUCACUGUUUUUUCUCAUUCUCAUGGCAUAAGAAUCUUUUGAAUAGAAAGAUACAAGCAGAAUCUCUGCUUCUUGGAAUUUUAAAAAUUAUUUAUUUAUUGAGAGAAUCCAAAGAGUUUGCUUUUGAGUCUUUGUCUGACAUGUGACUUAGGAAAUGUGGGAUAAGUAAAGAUGUGACAGUUGUGUUCCAGCCUAGAUGCACUCUGCCCUGCUGUGUAAUACAUGGAGCCUUGUGCUGCACUCAGACUGAAGGACAACCACGUGGAGCAGAAGGGAUUUUGCGAGGGAAGACGAGCUUCCUGCAACCACACAAGGGCAAAAUGCAUGAGGCAGAGGGAGGUGGAAGUGUUUCAGGGGGAGCUAGGAAAAUGAUCGAGAGAGUCACUUGUGUUCAGGCAUUUUGUUUUUGAAUGGCAACCUGUGAAAGCUGAGGAGAGGGUUCUGCAGUAAAGAGGAAGUGGUAGAAGCUCUAGUAGGGUUCUUAAUUCAGCCUUUUGGGAUGCCUUUGUGUAAAGACAAGCAGAGUCACCUCACUCAGCUGGCUACUGAAGCAGGGAGGUUGGUUGACUGCAGAUCAGACCUCGGUCUGGAGCUCCUGAGCUUUGGGAGCAAAAUCAGCUCCGUUUCUGAAGGGUUUUUUUGCUGACCAGGUUUAUGUGACCAACUUUUUUUAGAGGAUGGAAAUGCUUUUCAAACACACAUUUGUAGAAAGAGGGAUUGUUGAAAUCUGGAGGAACAGUGAUGGGGUAGAAACAUUCAUUCUUGAGCUUUGAGUAUGCAGCAAUAGCAUUUCUACAGCUUUUCACUGGAGUAAAUUUAUGACUCCAUUUCUAGAUCUUAUUCUCCUUCUUUUGUGAUUAUGAUUCUUAGUGGAGGUCUGUAUUUGUUGACAAGUUGAUGGUAUACUAGAUCGUAUAAUGCUGCCAGGUUGGAAGCUCAAGCUCAGUAAAAUUAUUUGUGAGAUACAUAAUAAGGGAAACUGGAAGGUGAAAAGCUUUGUAUUUAUAUAUCUGCUUGCAGAGUCUGACUGUUUUGAUGGACAUAUUUCAGUAAGAAUGUGGGGGUUUUGUUGCACCUGCUUUAAAAUACAAGUAAUAGGAAAACCUAGUAAAAAGCCUAUUAACUUUUACCACACUGAGUUGAAGGGUUCCAGACAAAAUAAUUUAAUGCACUGAGUUCUCAGACUGCAAACAAAGGAACAGAGGGAAAAAACUAAUAAAAUGGCAGAAGAGGAACUGGAGGAUGCACAGUGAUGUAACAGCCUCUGGCAAGAACCAGAUUGCUUGAUCCACUGAAGAGAGGCUGUUAUAGAACAAGAGGUGGAAAUAAUGGUAAAACCAGCGCUUGAACCUGUUAGGUGUGUGGAAUCCUCAGCUGUCUUUGAUUACUAGCCAUUACCAUGGGACAGUGAAGUGUGGGGUUUGUUCCUGACACUGUCCCCUCUGCAGGACAGUCCAUCCACUUCCAGAAUUGCUGGGAGAGCGGAAUAUAAGAGACCAGCUGCUAUGUGGGUUGAGGCAAGCUACAGAGGCAAUCAGGAAAACAUACAGGAUAGUCUUAAGGGUGGGGAGAGGUUCUUUAACUUCCUGGAGACAUCACCUCUCUUCUCAAAGAGCCACAAUCCCUUGUGUUGUUGCCUCCAAAAUGCCAAAUCCUACUGUUCUACUCCAGCCUCAUGUCAGCAAUAAAUACUUCAUACUGCCAUCCUGCCACCCCUCUGGAGGCAGAUAGCAUUGCAGAGGUCAGCAACAGGCUUUUGAUCUUAGCUGGCUGUGCUUCACUGUUAUUAAUUUCUUUUCCCCAUGUGUUCCUUCCCUCCAGUAAUCUUCCCCUUUCUACAAAGGUUGAACAAAGAGGAUAAAAUUAAUGAGUCACAGUAGGAAGAGUUGCUGUUUGCAGAUGAAGAGACAAAAGGGAAUUCUCUGCUGCAGCUUCCAACAGAGGCAGGAGGUUUAGAGGGAUCUCAUUUUUCAGCUGGCUUCACUGUCUGGCACAAGAGUCCAAGGCUCUAGGGUACAGUGUGGGUUUUUCCCUCUGGUUUAGGAAGGUGUCAAAUAACCAAGUUGCCAUGGAGUGUGAAGUGCUAGGUACAGAAGAACAAUGAAUAACUAUUUUUGUUGUGUUUGGGACAAUUAGGAUUAUUUGUGAAUCCUCACUGGAAAAGCUUUCUUAGUGAAGCAAGAAGGGAUUUGGGAACAGAAACACGAAGUAACCUUGCUCUCUUUGUUUUACAUUAGCAAGAGCAAUUGAGUCUCUUAUGCUAGAUGUAAGAGAUGUGACAUUCCUAAAGAAGGGACCUAGAAAAAUUCAAGUAUUUUCUGGAUUGGUAAACGUCAGUUAAACAUGAAGUGGGAAUAAAUGCUUGUUGCAAAACUUAUAAAAAAAAAUAUGACCAGUAAUCAGUGGCAGACAGAAAACUGCUGGAGUUUAAGUUCAAACAGAGUAUAAACUAUGCCACGAAGAAUGAUACCGUGGUUUGAGUAUGUUGAAACUGGUAAAUUGUUCCUUCAAGUACCAAUCCUUCCCCUCUGAUAUUUGUGGAGGACUAGGAAACAACACUGUCAUUUGCACUACGCACUUUUUGCUGUCUAACUGAAUAUAAUCUACAGGAGAUGGAAUGGCAUAACUUGCACUGUGUGUUAGCUGUAAUCAGUGGACAGAAGGUUUAUCUUCAGCUGGACUUUUCACUGUAUUACAUUUGGCCCCUUGCUAUGUAAGGACAAUUGCACUCGUAUUUCCUUUGUACCAAAAAUGCAAUCAUCAUCUGAGAGCACAUGUAACAACAGAAACCAUGUAGUCACACACAUGUUGUCUUUGUAGAGCUUCAUUUUAAGAUUAUAAAAUGAAAAAACAUGAAUUUUAUGUAUUUUCAGCGGUCUUGUCAUUUGUUCAAUUCUUAAUUUUUGGUCUUGACCUCAGCAUCACUUCUAGGAUUAGUUUAAGGUUAUUGUCCAACCACAGCCUCUCCAAAAGCACUAAAUGGUGUACUUCUGAAAAACAGCAAUAAUUGGAUAGUAUAUUCUUGCCACAAUGUCUCAGUUUUGGGGGUAUUUUUUUUUGUUUAAGUGACACUGAAUAAGGGACACUGAAUAAAGAAGUUUGCAUCUUUAGAAAGAACAUAAGAUGCCACUUAAGAUCACAAUAAUGAGGAGGAUAGAUACUAGUCAAUUAAUAAAUUCUGCCUUUUGUCUGUAGCUCACCACAUACUAUGCACUCACUGUGCAGCAGAUACAGGAGUAUCUGCUCAUUUGAAGGUUACUGAAGCCCUGAUAACCGUUUUGGAUCAACGUUACUAUGAAAGCAGAAGCCUGGUAGGCGUGUUUUCCAAUUUUUCCUCCACCUGUGACCUAAACUAAAACCAAAUUAAUCUGUAUUUCCUGCCUUUUUUGGGUAGAGAGAGUUGGGAAAGAGUGUUCAUUGUUAUAUGUCAACAGGCCAGUGCUGGCAGGUCCAGGCUCCUGCUGUUGGCUUUAUGGCAAAGUACUUCGUUGUAUCACGCUAAAGCUUGAUUCCUGGUGCAAAAGGGAUGUUUGAAAGAAUGUCUCGCUGGGUUAGCAAAUACCAGAACUUUUUAUAUUAAUGUGUCCAAAAUGCUGCUUGUAUAGGAUUUGUCACUUUUGUAAGAAAAAAGAAAAAAAAAAAAAAAAAAAAUCACACAAAUACCAUAAACCCCCACUAUUUGAUGCUGUUA